AAAAUGUCAAAAGGAAAAGAAAAGAAACAAUCAGGUUUUAAGGACAAGAAUAAUAUUUUUGUUCUCUUUGAGCACCAUGGGUAUUUGUUUAUAAGGGGCUUAACCAGCAAUAUUAUUUUUUUAGUUUUGGUUUUAAGGGAAUGUAGUCCUAAAAUAAACAGAACUGUAAGGGGUGGAGAGGAGGGAAGAGAUCCUGUGGUAAUCCAUGUUGCCCGUCUGGGGUAUGUGAGACAUGCUCCUCAGAAGGAUGGGGAUUCUUAGGCCUGGGCAAUGUCCCAGCACAAUGGGAACUAACCCUAUUGUAUGGGAAAGACUACAGAAAGUGCCAGAGACUGACACUAAUCAAUCUAUGGGCCCUUGAGAGAAGGGGGACGUGUAGGAUAGACAACUAAACAAAGAUCUGUGUGGUAACCAGGUAUUACCCUGUCUGGGCCACUGCUCCCACUCUCAGGAACCAGACUUUAUGGUUUAGGACAUGCUGUCCCUCCUGCCAAGUUAAUAAUUUCCUCCCCCAGCCAGAAUCCUGCCCCAGGCAGGAAUAUAGCUCCACACUCACAGCAAACUCCUCAGACUGCCUGUCAAAACCAUCCUGCUGUUCAGGAUCAAACUCUUUCCUAGGGUUUUAGGCAUCCUUCAGGAACCACCCCUCUCUCCCGAAUUCAAUAAUGAAGGCCUAUAUGCUUGUAGAUGUGCUUAUCAUGGUGGCCUUCACAGUGGGAAAGGGUCCUGUCCCCCAGGUCCGGACCUGCCACUUGUGCCUCUUAGAAGAUCCUUCUGUAGGAUGCAUUUCGGGCUCCGAGAAGUGCACUAUCAGCAGCUUAUCCCCAUGCAUGGUGAUCACCAUCUAUAUUAAUAACAAGGUUCGCUUCAUCAUCCGAGGCUGUGGACAGUACAAUUCUUACCGCUGCCAAGAAAAACACAGCACCUACUUGGCAGGGUACUGGUAUGAGGCCCAGUGCUGCCAGUAUGAUUACUGCAACGCCUGGUUCAGCCCCCAACUCCAGAGCUCCCUGCCUGAGUCCCGCAAAAGACCCAUAAUCCGGCCCCUGUCCAACCCCCAGAUCCACCAGUUCUACCAGGCCCUGAACCUCUCAUUGCCCCUGCCUAGCUUUGAUGCUGGGAAGGAGCCUAAAGGCCAGGAGACCCUGUUCACUCUGCCCCUGGAGCUGGGCUUGUCCAUUGCUGACCUGCGCCACAUGUACUUGUUCCUCAACAGUUCAAGAGUUCUGGUUCUUCCCCAGGCUGGACCCUGACAUCUUUCUCUUUCAAAAUUCCACUCUGUUCCAGAGCCUUUCCUCAACACCUCCAGCAUCUUGCAGUACCCUCUGAGAAUAUCACAUCCUCUGACCCCUGUGAUCUCUCAGGCCUCCCUCCUUUGGACCUCCAGUGUCUAUAUGGUUUUCAUUUAAUUUCCUCCCAGGAACCCUGGUGCUGCUCUUUUUUCCUCCUAAUAAAGAAUCUCAAAUGUGAAUUCUGCCCAGUCUGACCUGAAAAAGGCAAAG